AUGACGACCUCCGUCAAGUUCGAGAAGGACACCGUCCGCAACGCAAGCACCGCCGCUACUAAGGCCAGCGAGGACAUCGUGCAUGCGGUCGGUGAGCGGCUGACUGGAGGCAAGACGCAGAAUGGCUAUCUCGCUGCGUACUUGAAGGAGCUCCAGUCGAACCCGCUACGAACGAAGAUGAUCACGUCCGGUGCUCUCUUCGGUAUCCAGGAACUGCUCGCCUCGUGGAUCGCGCACGACCGCAGCAAGCAUGGCCAUUAUCUCAACUCCCGCAUCCCCAAGAUGGCACUCUACGGCGCCUUCGUCAGCGCGCCGCUCGGUCACCUGCUCAUCAGCAUCCUACAGAAGGUCUUUGCCGGACGCACCAGCUUGAAGGCAAAGAUCUUCCAGAUCCUCAUCAGCAACCUGAUCGUCUCUCCCAUCCAGAACGUGAUAUACCUCACGUCAAUGGCCAUCAUUGCAGGUGCACGCACCUUCCACCAGGUCCGCGCAACCGUCAAGGCUGGCUUCAUGCCCGUCAUGAAGAUUAGUUGGAUCGUCUCUCCUCUCUCCCUGGCCUUUGCCCAGCAGUUCCUCCCCGAACAGGCUUGGGUGCCCUUCUUCAACGUCGUCGGUUUCAUCAUCGGAACCUACAUCAACGCUCACACCAAGAAGAAGAGACUCGAAGCCCUCAAGCGCAAGCAAUUUGGCUCCGGAAAGAGCUCUACCGGCCGCCCAGAGGACUACCCACCACCACCACGCCGCGACUACUAA